AAGGUAAGCCGUAAAGGCUGUUUAUUUUUGGGUUUUCAUUCGUCCUACAAGGUUUUUUCUCGAGUAAUGUGCUUCCUGGCUGUGUCGGACUGUACAUCGUAUUUGAAAAUCAGUUGACGAAGCAGCAAUGACCACGGAAACGAAAAUGAGCAGUUCUGAGGAGGUAUCCUGGAUUUCGUGGUUUUGCAAUCUCAGGGGAAAUGAAUUUUUUUGUGAAGUUGAUGAAGAUUAUAUCCAGGAUAAGUUUAAUUUAACCGGACUAAAUGAACAAGUACCACAUUAUAGGCAAGCAUUAGAUAUGAUUCUUGAUCUUGAACCUGCUUGUUUUUAUUCUGUAGAUGAUGAAUUGGAUGGCCAUCCAAACCAAUCUGAAUUAAUUGAACAAGCAGCAGAAUUACUUUAUGGAUUAAUUCAUGCACGUUACAUUCUUACUAAUCGUGGUAUUGCUCAAAUGAUUGAAAAAUAUCAAUCCGGAGAUUUCGGUUAUUGUCCACGUGUAUAUUGUGAAUCCCAACCUAUGUUGCCUCUGGGUCUUAGUGAUGUUCCUGGAGAAGCAAUGGUUAAAAGUUAUUGUCCCAAAUGUAUGGAUGUUUAUACACCAAAAAGCUCUAGACAUCAUCACACAGAUGGAGCAUAUUUUGGAACAGGAUUUCCUCAUAUGCUUUUCAUGGUUCAUCCAGAAUAUAGACCCAAACGUCCAACAAAUCAGUUUGUACCUAGGUUAUAUGGCUUUAAAAUUCAUCCUCUAGCAUAUCAGUUUCAACAACAAUCUGCAUCAACAUUUAAAGCACCAUUGCGAGCUGUUAAUUAUAAUAAUGGAAAACGUUAAGAAUAUUGCAACAUAGUCUAGAACAUUUUUUCAUUACUUAAAAUACAAUUCCUAAUUUCGUCCCUAAGGAUUAAAUAAAAUAUUAUUUUUUAUAUUGAUCUUUACACAUUUUAGCAAGGCGCUGAAAUACCAAUCGUUUUGUUUGAUCAUUUUGUAACUAAAAGUUUGAAUAUGGCAUUCGAUACUUUUCGGAUUUUUCCACGGUAUUUAUAUGCCGAAAAGAUUAAAGAGUGGUAUAUCAAACUGCCAAUGUUUACAAGCGCCAUGUUCAUUUUUAUUUCAGCUUUAGUAACAAUUUUCUUUUUGUUAAAAAUCAUAUUUGUAUGGUUAUAUCAAUUCUGGUCGAGUGAAAUAACAAAAAUGAAAUGCAUACAAAACAUAAUUACUAGGGACUAAAGAUGCAAAAUAAUGAUGAAGUAUGCCUGUUUAAAUGUUUUGCAUCUUUGUGAUUGCUUCCUAGUAAUUCCUAGAAUACAAAUGAAGAUCGAUCUCGAAAUAGAGAAGCAAGUAGCAACGAAUAUCGGUCGUUUUUUUAAUAAAAAAAAAAACGAUACAUAAAUUAAUUUGUUAAAUAUAAUUUAAUUUAAAUCUUAAGUAAGCUACAAAAAAGCAAUUUAUUUAUACAUAAUUUACCUUAAUAAAAACUAAGCUCAGAUAAACAGAGUAUAAAGCAAAUUUAAAAGUAAAGACUGCAUAUUAUUCUAUAAAAUCUUGUUUUUUACUGCAAUUCUUUGAAAAUGUAUUAUAUGCAAUUUUUAGUGACCAGAAACAAAAUUCCAGAAUUCUCUAAGUAUGAUAUAUAUUACAAAUAAUAAUAUAAUAAUGCAUAUUUUAAUAUAGUACAAUAAAAUUGUUUUUCUUUAUUAUGAUUAUUACAAGUGUUCAAAAUUUGUAUUAAACCAAAUAAGUUAUGUAUUUUUAAACUUAAUAAUUUUUUUAAACAAAUAUAUUUAAACUAAAUUAAAAUUAUUUAAAAAUAAGAUACAUAAAUGGAAAAAAGGACAAUAUUUUUCAUUUUAUUAUAUAUAUUCUGAAUAUUUUAGAUAUGUAUAUUCUCACAUUUUUUCAAUAUCGAUUUUCAACAUUGUAUAUUUAUCUACUUUAAUAAUUGCAUACAAAUUUUAAAUUCAUUGUAAAAUAUGAAAUUUCAAAAUAGUUAAUUUUUAAAAUUUUAGCAAAGUAAAAUUUAUUCAUAACUUAAGCAUUUAUAAUAUUUAAAAAAUAUGUAUUAGUAAAGAAAUUGUAUUUUAUGUUAAAAUCAAUGAUUGUUUUUCAGUCAUCUAUUAUAUAUCAUACACUUUCAAUUUAUUGUCAAAUAUAAAUAUAAGUCAUUGUAAUAUAACAUAACACACUGUAACAUGUCAUUAUGUAAAAUAUUAAAAAACAUUAUUUUUAUGUUAAUUUCAUUAUAUUAAUUUAAUAAAAAAAACCUUUUGAUGUUAA